AUGAAGGCCAGCGUUUACAGCAUGGGAUCGACCGCUCCGCCUUCGUCCCUCAGCAGCUACCUGCGCUCCCGCCUUCAGAAGAUUGAGAAGUUCUUCCCUCAUGUCCUCGAGAAGGAGAAGUCGAGGGCCGACGGAGACCCCUCCUACCUGUCCCCUGAGGAGUACGCCUUUGCCAGAGAAUACCUGGCUAACACAGAGACCUACCUGAAGGCCGUAGCGCUGAGACACAUGCCCCCCAACCUGCAGGCGGUGGACAUGAUGAAAGCAGUCCCUGAGCCCUGCUUGGACUCCUUUGUGUUUCUGCGCGUGAAGGAGCAGCAGGAUAACAUCAUGGUGGAGCCCGAGACAGACGAUCAAAGAGAGUAUGUGGUGGACCUUGACGUAGGUUCUCAGCAUCUGAUGCGUUACAGAACCAUCGCACCACUGGUUUCCACUGGAGCUGUGCAGUUAAUUUAAUGGACAUGGUGGGUAACU